AUGAGCAAGUUCAUUCUUCAACCAUCCGCCGUCACCGGCAUUCCCUCCAAGUACACCACGGAGACAAAUCUCGUCCACGCCGACGAGUUUCUGAACGAAGUGAACGAUGUUGCGCCCCCAAUUCACGUUUCUACUACUUUCCGUUACCCACGGGAUCCUUCGAAGUUAAUUGCUGCUAAGGAUUUGCCGCUCGAAGAUGCAGAUUCCCAUGUCUACUCCCGUCUCUCGUCGCCUUCGACCGCACGACUCGAGGCUUUACUAUCCUCCCAUCUAAAUGGCUACGCAAUCGUCUACUCAUCUGGUGUUGCAGCCUUUCACGCAGCAUUAGUCCACCUAAACCCACGUCAACUCUCCGGCAGUCUCUUCUACCACGGCUGUCAUGGCGUUGCAGACAUCCAUAGCCGUUUAACAGGGAUGAAACAAAUACCCCUAGACUGUCCUGUCGAAGAUCUUCAACCAGGGGAUGUAGUUCAUCUCGAAACACCACUGAACCCAUUGGGGACUGCAUUUGAUAUUAAAUAUUAUGCGGAUAGGGCACAUAGUCGUGGAGCCAUAUUAAUGGUAGAUUCUACGUUUGCGCCACCGCCGUUACAAGAUCCCUUUGAGUUCGGGGCGGAUAUUGUAAUGCACUCUGGGUCGAAGUAUAUCGGUGGACAUUCGGAUAUGUUGGCUGGAGUGUUGGUGACGAGGGAUAUUAAGACUAGAUGGAAGUUGUGGGACGAGAGGUUGUAUUUGGGAGGGGUUAUGGGGAAUCUUGAGGCUUGGUUGGGGACCAGGAGUGCUAGGACUUUGGAGAUGAGGGUUUUGAGGCAGAGUGAGAAUGCGACGAAGUUGGUGGGCUGGUUGAGUGAGGAGCUUGGGAAGGAAGGGAGUGCGAUUGGGAGGGUGGUGGAGAAUGUUAAGCAUGCUAGUUUGCAGGAGGAGGAGUGGGUUAGGAAGCAGAUGAAGGGAGGGUUUGGACCGGUUUUUGGGAUUGAGAUGAAAACUGAACUUUUGGCAAAGACACUUCCAUCACAUCUCGAGUUAUUCGCACAUGCAACUUCAUUAGGUGGUGUUGAAUCACUAAUCGAAUGGCGGGCUAUGAGCGAUACCCACUGUCCUACAACCCUUUUACGGUUGAGCAUCGGUGUCGAGAACUGGGAGGAUCUGAGGAAUGAUCUUUUGCAGGCUUUUGAGAAGUUGGCGAAGGGUGAGCAGGUUGUGCUUAGUGGGAAACAUUAG